CAGCCAGAGGCCACACAUCCCUCAGAGACUUUCUAGCUGGUCAUCAAUGAGUGGUCUUCUGAGUCUGGACUGGGAAUUAUCUGAGGAGGGCUACACCUGCCAGGAGAAAUUCCAGACAUUUCAGUUAAGUCUUAAAAUUGCUCCAGAUGAAGGACAGAGCCUUCAUCAAAAGAAGAAUGGUCUGAUUGACAGGUCAGCCUCACAAUAAAGCCAAAGCUGAAAAAGAAGCAACCUAGACUCUUUCCAUGACCAGAAGAAUGAACACUGAGAGACCUUCCAACUUAAUCAAACACCCAGGGCAGACAAGCAUUCCAUCCCUUGAAAACAUAAGCAAUUUUUCAUUAAAUAUCACUGACUGCACCCAGGUUGUGGUGCCAGAGGAAGUCUUUUUCACUGUUGCUGCCGCUGGGAUACUGGAAAAUCUACUUAUCCUCAUUGCUGUUGUGAGAAAUAAGAAUUUACACUUGCCCAUGUACUUCUUCAUUUGCAGUUUAGCCAUUUCAGACAUGUUAGGUAGCUUGUACAAAACUCUGGAGAACAUCUUUAUCAUCUUGUGCAAAAUGGGAUACCUGACACGUCACGGAGACUUUGAGAAAAAACUGGAUGAUGCCAUGGACUCCAUGUUCAUUCUGUCUCUGCUGGGGUCUAUUUUCAGCCUGCUGGCCAUAGCAGCAGACAGGUACAUCACUAUCUUCUACGCUCUGCGGUACCACAAUAUCAUGACACUGAGGAGGGCCUUGGUUAUCCUGGCCAUCAUCUGGGCGUUCUGUGCCGGCAGCAGCAUUGCCAUCGCCCUCUUCUCCUAUGAAGCAGCGACGGUCAUUCCCUUCACCAUCCUCUUCCCUUUGAUGAUGUUUUUCAUACUCUGCCUCUACAUCCACAUGUUCCUCCUGGCUCGAUCUCACGCCAAAAAUAUCGCCUCACUGCCCAGCAGCACCGUCCAUCACAGAACUAACAUGAAAGGCGCCAUCACGCUGACUAUUUUCCUUGGAGUUUUCCUUUGCUGUUGGGCCCCCUUUGUUCUUCACAUCCUCUUAGCAAGGUUUUGCCCACACAACCCUUACUGUGCCUGCUACAUGUCCAUUUUCCAUGUGAAUGGGACACUCAUCAUGUGCAAUGCCAUCAUCAACCCUAUGAUUUUUGCAUUCCGAAGCCCAGAGUUGCGGAGUACAUUUAAGAAGAUGUUCUAUUGUCCCAGGUCAAGCUGCAACUGGUGAACACUUCAUCAAAAAUGAAAAUUAUAGAAGCAUUUAUGGGGUGCUGUGCAACAUCAGUGUGAAGAGUUAAAAAUACCAACAAUUACACCCAAAGUAAUGCUAUGCUUGUAGUAUACUGCCAGAGAUUUUUCAGUUAACAAAUAAUGAAUAAAAAAUAAGUAAGCAC